AUGCCGACGCCCUUUCUGCCACUGGUCAUGGCGCGGGAGUUCGGGCAGAGUUCCACCCAGAUUGGCAUGGUCAUGUCUUCCACCCCGUUGGGUGCCUGCAUGGCAACGCCCAUUGCCGCGAGUCUGGCUCGGAACAGUCGACGUAUCGUGUAUUUUCAUUCUGUCUCGCUUCUGUUCAUUGCGUUCACCAGCCUCCUGAUGGCGUGUUUGCAGCGCUUCCUCUCCACAGGUGAUGUCUUCCUGGCGGUGACCAGCAUUUGUUUCACUCAGGGCAUGGCAUAUGCUCUGUAUAUGGCAGCCAACACCACCUUGAUCUCGCGGCGCUUCACAGCCGUGGCCUACGUGGUGGGUAUGGCGGAGGUGGCUGUUGGCUUCGGUGCCCAACUGGGGCGCCUCGCUGGCGGAGCCCUCUACGACCUGGGCGGCUUCGGCUGUCCCUUUCUGAGCGCCGCAGUGUGUUUGACCAUCUGCGGCAUCAUCGGUUUCUCUUUCGAGAACCGCGGGAUAGUAUCGCAUGGCAACCGUGCUGCUGACCAUGCUGACCAUGGCAACCAUGGUGACCAUGGUUGCGAAGCCAAAGUUCCCUGGAAAAGCUUCUGCUGUCCUGGCAUCUGGCUGGCUACCUCUGGGGUCUUUUCGGCCUACAUGACCACAGGUUUGGUGGACGUGACCUUACCCCAGCACCUGGAGUCUUACCUUGGGCCCAUGCCGGUGACAGAGGUCAGUGCGGUGAGUUCCCUGCGCAGCGUGGUCUACCUGCUGACUUCCUGGCUUUGUGCACAGGCGAUGCAUGCGGAAAGGGCGCCUCUGGAGCCGUUUCUGUGCUUCGGAUUCGCCUUCACAAUCCUGGGGAUGAUGACACUGAGACCGCUGCAGUGGGUUGUGGAUGUGGAAACUGCUGUGUUUCAUCAACCGCCUUCCAGAGUUGUCGAAUGGAGCUGCCAAAUCUUUUCAUUGGUCAUUGCUUCCAUCGGCAAUGCCUUCAUGUUCAUUCCGGGCCUGCCCUUGAUGCAGAGCCAUGUCCGACAUCUAGGAGCUGCAGCUGCUGAACAAGUCUCAUUGCUGCUGAUGAUGGCCAUGUUCGGUGGCGAAUUCAUGGGUCCCAUCGCAGGGGGGGCCUUGGUUCAGCGCUUUGGAUUGGACGCCACGACUGCAGCCUUUGCCACGGCGUUGCUACCUCUCUUCGCGUUGACGGCGGCAGAGAUCAUGAGAGAGAUCUGGUACGGCAGUAGCACUGGGGGGAAAAUGCUUUAG